CUGGCCUUCAUGUGGAGAGUAUAAAGGCAGAGCUCAAUGGCACUGGAGCUCAGAAACAAAGCAACACAUCCUCUGAAAACCAUGUUACCAGCAAUGUUUAAAUUGUGCUGUGGAAUCUCACACCAACAUUUCAGGAACAUGACAGGAUUGAAACAAACUGCUGUAGCUGCUCUUGGGCACGAGAUGACAAGAAUGAAAAUUAAAGAGGAGCUUCAUUCAAGCACUUGGGGUGGACUUACUCAGAGGAAUGAUUCCCUUGCUGCCAUCAGGGUGGAAAAUCAAAGACCAGAAAUAAACCCAGCACUAAACACAGAAGAGCUGUCCUACAUUAAGCAAGGCAAAGAAACGUUACAGGAAGCACUGAGCAUUUUAAAGCAGAAAGAUGGAUGGAUAGCAGAAAUCAAAGAGGUGAAUGGCGACAAUGUAAUGAGCAAAGUUGUACCUGGAAGCGGGAAGGUCUUCAAAUUGGAGCUGGUUCUGGAUGCAUCUAUGGAACAGGUGUAUAAAGAGCUCUAUGAAAAACUGGAAGAAAUGAACACAUGGAAUCCAAGCAUUAAGCAAGUGAAGAUUCUCCAGAAGAUUGGCAAGGAAACCAUAGUUACUCAUGAAAUCAUGGGAGAGACGGCAGGAAACAUUAUUGGAACAAGAGACUUUGUCAGCGUGAGGCACUGCUGGAGAGAAGGAUCCUUCUGCUACUUGGUUGGUACAGCCACAGAAUCCAAGUUCAUGCCACCGCAGAAAGGCUGUGUAAGAGCUGAAAUUCGACCCUCCUGCAUUGUCCUGCAUCCUGCAGAAACUAACAAUAAUAAAACACAGUUUACUUGGCUUCUCAGCAUGGAUCUUAAGGGAUGGUUGCCAAAGUCCCUCAUUAAUCAAGCACUCUCACAGGCACAAGUGGAUUUUGCACAUCAUUUACGGGAUCAGCUCACCAUCAGUUCAUCAUCUGUGCUGCAGUGAAUCCAUUGGCAGGAAGAAGCACAAUCAAAUGUGAAGGCAACCGCAAGAAAGCAUCAUAUAAUUUAUGGGACUGAUAUGCCGGAUACCAAACAGUUCUCUGUUGCAUUGGACCAAAGCUUGUCUCUAGGUUGGCUGUUUCAUUCGACAUUUGAGAUAAACUAUUUACAUAUCCAGUGUUUAAAUUGCACAUUGCCCAACCACUGUGUGGAAAGAAUACCUUUGUACAAAUUGUGGAAGUUGCACAGAUAUAUUUGUUUUGUACUACUGCUAGAUAUUACAGUCAUGAUUCCAAUGGAUAUCAGUGCACUAUAUUUCAAGAAUUAUAUUAAUAUUUCAUAAUUUAUAAGCACUUUCUGAAGUACACAAUCCGAAUACUGAUUUCCAGCAUCUGUAGUUACAAAUCAAUGAUACAUGAAUUACUGCUAUUUUUGUGAAUAAUAUUGUUAUUUAUCUUUGGUAACUUGAAUGAUGUGCCAGUAAACUAUUGUUAAUGCUGCACCAUUGUGUUUGUUUGUUGUUUCAAUACAUUAAAA